CUACAAAAUAUUUUCACAGACGUUUUAAUGUUCAUUGCUCCUCUGUUGCAAAAAGAGCAACAGCUAAAUUCAUUUUGAAUCAGUAGAUAGUCUGCGGUCCUUCCCAUCGUGAAUAGUCUUACUUGUAAUAUAUUUCCCUGGAGUGGUGCAGAUGGUUCAUAGUACUUUUUGAACUCUGUCACAUCCUGUAAGGCAAAGGAAACACUGAACAUCUGCUUUAAGCUGCAAUGCGUCAGGUACAAAGUUGAAUUUGGACUGUUUAUUAGAGCAGAGCACAGAUAAAGAGAACUGCAGAUGGAGUCACUGUCACGACCUACACUAUUUGACUUCCAUGGAGUCUGCAUGACCAAUUACUUCACUGACAACUGGGAAAACGUCCAGAAUUUCAGAGCAAGACCAGAUGAUAUUGUCUUAGCUUCUUACCCUAAAGCAGGAAACACAUGGGUGUCUUACAUCCUGGACCUUUUGUACUUUGGCCAGACUUCACCUGAGCGUCAAGGCUCAGUCCCACUCCAUGAACGAGUGCCAUUCCUGGAGAUACAAAUGUCUGGUUACCCCUCAGGAGUGGAUGUGCUGAAUGAAUUAACCACCUUUCCACGCAUUAUCAAGACACACCUACCAGUUCAGUUCCUUCCCAAAUCAUUCUGGGAGCAGAACUCCAAGAUAAUCUAUGUGGCUCGUAAUGCCAAGGACAGUGCCGUAUCCUAUUUCCACUUUGAUCGCAUGAACAAGGUCCAGCCAGAGCCUGGCAGCUGGGAGAGUUUCCUCCAGAGAUUCAUGGAGGGAAAAAUGGUGUUUGGCUCCUGGUACGAACAUGUAAGAGGAUGGUGGGAGAAGAAACAGACCUGUUCUAAUAUCCUGUAUUUGUUCUAUGAGGACCUGAUUGAGGAUACUGAACAAGAACUCGUCCGCAUCUGCUCAUUCCUGGGACUGUCUCCUACCACAGAGCUGAAGAAACAAGUCACAGAAAAAGUUCAAUUUGACAACAUGAAGAACAACAAGAUGGUGAAUGGCUCCGCUGAUGAAGUCUUCGAUUUAAAAAUCUCCCCCUUCAUGCGCAAAGGAAGGGUUGGCGACUGGAAUAAUCACUUCACUGUACAGCAGGAUGAACAGUUUAAUGAGGACUACAAGAAGAAGAUGAAAAACACUGAUCUUCAAUUUCGUACUGUUCUGUAGGUGAUUAUACAGAAGAGUAUAACAGUAUAUCUGCCACUGUGUUAGAUAUGCAAGUAAAAAUAAAGAAAAACAUGAUAACAAA